AUCCGCACAGAUGUAUACAGAUGUAACUGAACAUGAAAAUGGUGGGAGAGACAUCAUCAAACUGACUAGUAGCAAGCUAUCCACAGAUGAGGUUUCUUUUUCUGCUGUUUGCCCAGAAUGUGGAGCAGUUUCCUUGUUUGUUGGUACAACUAGAAAUAGUUAUCAAGGGAAGGUUGUUGUCCAAUUGGAAUAUGAAGCAUACAUCCCAAUGGCUGAAUCAGAGCUGAAGAAAAUCUGCACAGAGAUGAGAAAGAAAUGGCCAACCUUAAAGCACAUUGUUGUACAUCACAGACUUGGGAUAGUACCUGUAAUGGAAGCAAGUGUGAUCAUAGGGAUUUCCUCUCCUCAUAGGACAGAAUCUCUUGAAGCAGUGAAAUAUUGCAUUGAUGCCUUAAAAGCUACAGUUCCAAUAUGGAAAAAAGAGAUUUAUGAAACACAGGAGUUUUCUUGGAAGGAGAAUAAGGAAUGUUUUUGGACAGAUAAUGAAUUAACUGUGGAACAUGAUUGUGAAGGAAAUUAGUCUAUGAUGCCUUCAGACAGCAAGUAUUUUAUUGAGAAAUGUUUUGAAGAAAUAUUACUUUUUUGGCCUUAAAAUUAACAAGAAACUGUUUUUUAUUAAAUUUUUCACAAAGAACCAAAUUUUCACUUAAUAUAACAGCUAGUAAUAUCCUUCUAAAUAAAUUAUUAUUUUGCAUUAUAGUUUCUGGUAGUGUUGAAAUUAAUGCAAAUGAUUACCAAAAUUACAAUUUGCUAAUAAUGUUUAAAUUGUUACUA